CUCGCAACAGUCAUCAGCGGGGAGGGAACUCUGUCAUCACGAAGGACGAGAAGUGUCUAACAAUGUCGGACAAGGAAAUGUCCAACCGGCUUCGAAGAGCUGUCUAUGAUGGCGAUUUAAAAACAAUUCAACGCCUUUUAAAGGGUGGAGUUGACGUAAAUUCGAGAUUUUGGUAUGAGAGCACACUGCUACAUGAAGCAGUCUCUAUGGAUAAUGCCGAUCUGGUGGAAAUGCUUAUCAAAGCUGGAGCAAAUGUCAACAGUACCAAUAAAGAUGGCCGAACUGCUUUACAUCUUGCUUGUCGGGGUGGUAAUGCAGAAAUUGUUGGAAAACUGAUAGCAGCUGGUUGUGACGUCAACAAGCGAACUUUGGAUGGAAAAAGCUGCCUCCACGUAGCUGCCUGGCGUGGACAUGAAGAAGUGAUUAGAACCUUAGUCAAGGAAGGUGCUGAUGUCAACAUUCAAGAUGCGGAAGGAUGCCCUCCACUGUAUUGGGCUGCUCGCUCAAAUCACUUGAAUAUCACCCAAACCCUUGUGGAAGCAGGUGCAAAGAUCAAUUAUAAGGUCAAGGAUAAAUGGCCACCACUUCAGGCUGCCCUUCAUCAUGGACACACAACUGUUGCCCGGUACCUUAUUCUUCAAGGUGCUGAAACGAAUGUUUCUAUUCAGAACAAGAAUGUGUUAUCACUCAUGAUAUCCAACAAAAGCAUUCCUCAACAAGGCAUUCAGGAAAUGAUGGAACUGUUGGUGCAGGCUGGCUACAACUUGCACAGAACUUCAUGGACUUCUUCAACAGUACAGUCAUCUACAAUUUCAAAAAAGACAUGUCUUGACCUAUCUCAGAAGCUAGCUGACUCACCAGAACAGUUUCUUUCAACAUGGCUUGACAGAACAAAGUUGUGUAUUCCCAGCUUAGCUCAACUGUGCCGUGCAAGAAUACGAAAGCGACUGAAUUAUUGCAACUGUGGUCGUAGCAUUGUCAGAAGCCUAACCUUUCUGCCCAUCCCAGCUCUUUUGAUGGACUUUCUUUCCUUAAGGGAUGAGCCAUCCUUAAAACUUAAUUAGAAAUAGCUCAGGCAAACACUGUGGGAAAAUUCUGUUAUAUCUUUUGGGUAUCUUUCAAAAAUAUCAUUUGAUAUUUCUUGGUCUUUUACAUUUCUUAAAGCUAAGUGAACUGCAGUUAAAAGGGAAUAGACCUGUACUAAAGUAAUAUAUUUUGUGGUGAGGUUUGACUUGUUCAUGCCAAGAAAGUUUUAACUUUACUAGCAAAAGUGCUGAUGGAUUAAUCUUGAAAAGUCUGUAAAGUGAGUACAGUUGUUUUAGUGUGCUGAAACCCUGUUUACAAAACUGCUUUAUAAGCAUUAACAGCACUUGAAACAAAUGUAAUGAAAAAACUCUGCUAUCCAGCUCAUGACAGUGGGGUAGAUGGUCAGUCACUUUUUACAAACCAUAUUUGCACAAGUUGAGAUGCAAAAGGUCUAUCACCAAAUGAAGAGAAUUCAGUGCUGUACGAAUACAAUUUAUUACUACAUUACCUUCUCAUUAAAAAUUUAAUUUAUAAACACAUCACUAAUAAACAUUAUCCAUAUCUGCCACCUACCCACCAUCAAAUCCUUUUAAACGUGCACUAAAAACACAUCUGUUCUAUGGACUUUUGUCCUUACA